AUCCCUGAUUUCCAGCUGCGCUUCUCGACGCGGAAUUACGGUAAAGCGCGAGCGAUCUCGCGAUAUUACGGUAGAGCCCCUAAUGGGCGUGGCCUCGCGAGAAGCGCGCUCUGAUUGGCCGCGUCCUCCGCGGCGUGAGGGCGGGAGGCGCGAGCCGCGCGCUGAUUGGCCGAGGCUCCCCGUGCUGAACGCUGAUUGGGCGGCGGCUCCGUGAGGGGGAGGAGAAGGAGGAAGAGGCAGAGCGGCGGCCAUGGCGGCGAUGGCGGGCCUGGAGCGCUGGGUGUCCGGGCAGCUGCAGGAGCUGCUCGGCCUCAGCGCCCGCCAUGUCCCCGCUUUCCUGGUGGCGCUGGCGCGGCGCAGCCGCAGCCUGGAGGAGCUGCUGGAGCGGCUGCGGGAGACCGAGGCCCUGCGAGUGGAGGAGCCGCGCGUGCGCGAGUUCGCGCGCGAGCUCUGGGACAAGGUGCCACGAGAAGCCCCCCGGGAACCCCCCGGGCGCGCGGCCGAGCGAGCGGCGCUGGAGCUGCAGCGCCAAAACCGCGGCUACCGAUUGGUGGAGAGCGACGAGGAGGGGCCGAGCCCCGCCCAGGACCACGCCCAGGACGAGCCACGCCCUCGCCGGCGACACCUGAGGCGGCGGCGCCGCUCCGAGUCCCCGCCCGAGGCCACCGCGGCGUCGCCGUCGCCCCCGCCAGCUGCCGAGCCCCCCGAGGAGCCGGAGGAGGAGUGGGAGGCGUCGGAGCGGGAGCGGCUGCGGGACCUGCGGGAGCGCGACGCCUUCGCCGAGCGCCUGCGGAGGAGGGACCAGAAACGGGACAGGGGGGCUCGGGGGGACACCAAGGUGGGAAUUGAGGGGUUCUGA